CACUGUUCGUAGUGGGAUUUCGUACCAAUGCCGAGGCAUGGCUUGCCGCUCUAGCUUCUCUGUAGGGGAAAUACAGAAAAUGCUCUGUGUGCUGAGGGAGAAGAAACAAGAGAAGAGAAAAGAAUUUCUGCCCUCUGUUUCCCUCCUUGGCUUCUGCUGGAAUACUCAGGAGCCUGCGGCCCAGGAAACCUCCAGCCAUUUCUGUUGGAGCGCUGUGGUGACUGGCUGACGACAAUCAGGGAACAACAAUGGGAAUCAUGGACUGGUACUACCGUACCCUCGGCCUGUACCGAAAUAACCUUACAGCCCCUCUGUCUUCUUGGCACAAAGGAACUGCAUUCCAAUUGGACACGGCCAGAGCUAACCCUGAGAUGCAAGCCGUUCAUACUGAAAUGAGCACAGGCAUUGUCAUGGCCUCGAUGGCUGCCAGAACCAUGCAAAUGUUGCUUUCUUUGUCGAAAGCUCUCUGGUACCAAAGGCAUUGGUACUGGAAAUGUUCUCCAGUUGCCUGGAUGGGGAAAGCGGCCAGAGCAGUGAUGUGGCUAUGUUUCACUUUGCUUGGAUCUCUGGUAGAAAUGGAUAGCUCCGUCUCCGUGAGAUUCUUCUGGACAGGUCCGACAGAACCAACCUCGCAAAAGCCUGCUCCACAAGAGGAAGAAGGCUUGAGUGUAAUGAAACUGAUUCAGGAUAUGCAAGUUGUGACUCUAAAUUGCAGCUGUGAUGAUCAGGGCUUCAUGGAGAAAAUGGCACCCAAAGAAACAAUCCUGUCCUCCUGUACAAACCCAAUUAUACUAUCUAUGAUUUAUCUGCCAUCUGAUGAUGAUGAAGAUGAAGAAGCUGCAAGCACAUCAGACUCCUCAGAGCUAAAUGAAUUGGAAGAUGAAGGUGAGCAGCUGUGGGAGAAUGAGGAGGAAUCCUGCUUUGCUGAAAAUAAUCUAUCAAUUGACAGUGGCAUGCAAGAGUCCUGGACCCCUGGCUCUAAAAAUUACACAGAGGAGAGUGAUUGGUCCAAUGAAGAGAAUGAUUGGUCCAGCGAGGACAGUGAUUGUUCCAAUGAGGAGUGUGAUUUGUCCAAUGAUGACUCGUGGGACUCUGACAGUGACACAGAGAGCAGCAAAUUGAACAAUGACUUAUGGGCAUCUUUCUGCCGAAACGAUGACCCAUACAAUCCCCUUUGUUUUGCCAUGCCCACAAAAACCUCAAAGAAAAUCCAUGAAGCGAAGGACAUUAAUGCUGUGACAGACUCUGCUACAGGGGUCAGUGUUACUUAUUCAGUGUUACUGGAGGAGUCUGGAGCAGAAAGCAAGAGAAAGAACUGGAGAAAUCCCAAAGUGGGUAAAAUACAAAGUCCCUGGGUUAAACAAUUGUCUCACAAUUCUGUAGAACUGGGGCAAGGAAAUGAAGACUUGCUUGAAUGUCUGGAUGAGCCCCAGAAAAAUGAAACAGGCUUUAUUAAAAAAGUACAUUUCUCACCCACAGUCAAGGUGCAUCACAUGGUGGUUUGGAGCUAUGCCUAUAGGAUGGCCCGCAAAGGACCAUGGGAGGAAUACGCAAGAGAUCGAUGUCGUUUCCAGAGGCGCAUUGCUGAGACAGACGGUGUCAUCAGAAAUUUCUUGGAACCCCAGCACAGAGAGAAAAUCUGGACUCGUUUCCAAGGGAACAAUAUGGAGUAGUGAAGGAUGUGUGGCCCCUUUAAAUUGUAAUCCCAGUAGUGAGGCAGUGUAACUCUGGCUGUUUGGCAUCAUUGAGUAGAGCAAAACGGCAUUAGAGAAGGUUAUUAGUUAACUUUAUUUUAAUAUAUCAUAGGGGUAAUCCUUAUAAAAGAUGCAAAUUUUCUGCCAGUUCAGAACAGCUAACGAGCAGGCAGUAUGUGUCUGCUGUUUAACAGCAAAAAA